CAGUCACUGUCACCACGUGCGUCAAAUAUACGAUGUUAGAAAAGAAUUUGCUGUUACCCUAAAAUGUAGUUGGUUUUUAAUAACCUGAGUAUGUUAUACAAUUUUUAAUAUGUUCGAGUUUACUGUUAUAUGGUUGUAACACCUAUGUGUUCCGUCGUUAGCAACAAACCCAAUGUGUUUGGUCUUUUGGUUUUAUAAUUGCCACAAGUGUUCUCGUCCACGAUUUCAUUUUAAAACAGUAUUUAGCUGCAACCCUGCCGAUGAGCCAUGCCCUCUUCAUUGGACUCUUCGUGUAUCUAAGCUUUAUUUUCGAUGACAAAAUCGACAGUACUGCCUCCUUGACCGUUUUUACAUCUCUCUGCAUUUGCGAGUACUACUGCUUCCUAGGAACUAUGUGCUCCCUACAAGUCUCCUCCGACAUCAACAGAAAAUUUAAAGAGUUAGAGCUCCUGCUUGUCAGUCAGGUGAAGAACCUCUCACAAGAGCUCAAUGGGUACUCAGAAGAAAUGAUUGUGAGGCACAUAAUGAAAAUCGGAAAGCUCUAUAGAAUGAUUUCUUCGAUUGUGGAAAGCCAGAACGAUAUUUUUGGUGGGGUUAUUAUGCUGAUGAUAUGGCAUUCGCUGGUACAGAUUUUGAGAUGCGUGAAUUUUCUUUUGUUGAAUUGGGAACAAACACAGUGUUUGAACGUUUAUGUUUGUUUACUGACUGCAUUCAGCAUGGUGGAAACUGUGCUGAUAAUUCUGUGCUGCGACAAAACAUCAUCAUCCGGUGCUAAAAUAGAGAAAACAUGCUACAAGCUCCAGGACCGUUUCGGCCUGGACUCUCGACCGCGAAAGGAAUUUCUGUUGCUGGCAAACGUCAUCCGGUCCCAUAAACCGGUCUUCACGGCCGCGAAUUAUUUCGUCAUAAACCGAGGCACCAUCUUGGAGAUAAUACAUAUCGUGAGCACUUAUGUAAUUGUGAUUAUAAAAUGUAAUGAGACGUUUGAAUAAAUGAUCGGUGAGAAUA